UAGCGUGCAAUGGGCAGACGGCCAUGAUAAAGUCUGAGAGGGGGUAAAGUAAGAAGAAAAAUGAGCAGGGGAGUGAGGCUUUUCGAUGCCCACUGUCACCUACAUGACCCGAGGAUCGCUCACGUCGCCCCUCAACUCAUCAACACCGCUACUCAAUCUGGUGUCCUUCGCUUUGCCGUCAAUGGAGUCUGCGAGGGAGAUUGGGGCCUCGUGAAACAGAUGGGAGAGCAAUACCCUUCUGUUAUUCCAUGCUUUGGCCUUCAUCCAUGGUACGUUACGGAACGAACACCAGAUUGGCUUAAAGUGAUGAAAGAAUUCUUUUCAUCAACGCCUUCGGCUGCAGUUGGAGAAAUUGGUUUGGACAAAGGUUCGCAUGGGAAGACUAUUGAUUUUCAAUUGCAGGUCCAAUGUUUCAGGCAGCAACUUGAGCUAGCCAAAGAGUUAGAUAGACCUGUUUCCAUCCACUGUAUACGUGCUUAUGGUGAUCUGCUAGAAAUCAUGCAGUCUAUUGGGCCAUUCCCUGCUGGUGCUAUUCUUCACUCUUAUCUGGGGUCGGCUGAGAUGGCUGCUGGGUUAGCCAAGCUUGGGGCAUAUUUUUCUUUUUCUGGGUACCUUAUGUCUAUGAAACAACAGAAGGCAAAGAAAAUGCUAAAAGCAGUACCCACAGAACGGAUUUUAUUAGAGUCAGAUGCACCUGAUGGGCUGCCAACAUUGAAUACGAGUUCACUAGUGUGGGUACCUGGGGAUCCUUCUGUUCCACAGGAGGGGGGGUCAACCUUACCAAAAGAGACUCUUAAUCAUCCUGCCAAUAUACGCACUGUCCUUAAUUAUGUGGCAUCACUGAUCGAGAUGCCUGAAGAAGAAGUAGCUGAAAUUGGCUACAAGAAUGCAAUGCGCGUGUUCUCUUAUCCAGCUUCCAAGGUUUGUGAAUAAGUUAAACUGCCACAUUUUCCCAUUUUUGUGAAUGGGAAAAUGUAAAACCCCAUCAUAUUCGGGAUCAAAUGUUUACUUUCACAGUUACUGUAAUUUCAGUGUUGCAAUUUAGUUUGUCUAUAAAACUGAUGUUCUUUCAUAUGACAAUCAAAUUUGUGCAAUGUUGAUAUGUGCACCUCGUGUUCUAUGCAAGCCCUGAGUUGCAGAGU